GGCCUGGCUCUGGUGGGGGUUCCUGGGAAUCUCACCCUGUUUGGUUUUUCCUUUCUGCCUCCCCAUUCUCUGGAACCAACCCAGUUGCCAUGGAGACUGCUGUUGCCAAGGCAGCGGAUUGGCCAGCGCCUGGGGGGUGGAGGCUUCCCUGGGGUCCAGUGGUAUUGUCAGCUGGCACUGCGGAGGCAGCAGCAGCAUGGACAAGGCUGGGGCGGAUGUGUGGGCGGACACCUUCACCCAGCUGAUGGCCCAGAAGAAGCCCCAGGACGUCUGGGUUCUGCACCCCGAGGAGAGCCUGCUCGCGGGGGACCUGGAGGGGGGCGGUCUCCAGUUGCAGCUGAAGGGGCUUUCCAGGCUCCAGUGCAGCCGCUGCCCGUGGACCUGGGGCUCUGCCCACGUGCACACCCUCUUCCACCUGUGGUGGGACGGGGACAGUGGCCAGGGGCUGGUGAGGAUGCGUGUGUGGGGCCAGCAGUGCAGGCUGUGCCCCGUGGACACCCUGGCCGAGUGCCAGGUGAGCCCUGCCAGUGUCCACAUCUUCCUCAGCAAGCUGGUCUUGUUCAUCCUGUGGAAAUGCUAUGGGGACAGCAGCGACCCAGGGCAGUGCCCGGAGAUCUGCCUCGGGGACUACUGUGAGGCUUGUGAUCUAGGGCUCUGUUUCCUGCAGCAAGUGUCCGGCCCUGCCAAGGGGCCUGUGGUCAAGAGUAUCAGUGCCAGGAAGGGCAGGCAUGCUGUGAAGGGCUGUGGCUCUGCCACAGAGUACAGUGGUCAGCAGCUGUCCAUCCACGGCAAUGGCCCCACACCUGCCACCGUCCCUCUUCUGGUGGUUGACUUCAGUGAGGACCUGUCCUCUGAGAGUGAUGGCCUCCUCAGUGGGGGUGGGGGCACUAUAACCAUCCCUUUCUCCCUUGUAGGUGGCCACUGGAAGGGCUCCCUUCCAACAGCUGGUGGCCACCAGCCACCCAUCAUUGGCCAGGGCUCCAUCUGCCUCUCUGGAAGCUCUGUGGCCGAGUCUGAGCACAAAGGCACCCCUGUGAACCUCAGCGCCCCCAUCUUCCACCGCCGAGGGCUGCCAGGCAGCGUCCAGAGGGCCUUUGCAUCGAGAGGCUUCCUCUUCAAGGGCCAGGGCUUUGUCCUGGUCCCCAGUAGCAGGGCCUUCAGCCCUGGCCCUGUCACUCCUGGGAGAGACCCACCCCUAGUGUCCUAUGUCAUUGGCCUCAUGGCUCAUGGGGAAGGUUCCAUCACUUUCCCCUCGUCCUUGGCCAGUGUCAUCAGAGGCCAGGACCUUGUCACUGACUUCACCCAGGGCCAAGGGCAGGAAGGCAGGCAGAGCUCUGUCACUCACAGGGAAAACCACAUUGAGGACCCCACUGUCAGCGCAGAGGGCUCUGUCACCUUCCCCUUCAUUGUUACUGGUGAUGCCAGCGAUGAAGACCCUCUUAUUAACAUGGUCGAGGCUGAAGAAGAGCCAGAGGGCCAGGACCUGGUCACUGCUGGCCACACCCUACUUCUGGAGAGUGGAGCAGCUGGUUCUGUCCCCAUCAGCCGGGGCUCCCUCACCAUCCCCUUCUCAGUCUUUGGUAUCAUAAAGCACAAGGGCCCCAGCUAUAGGGUCAGCGGUCUCCAAAGCAAUGGCUUGGUCACCUACAGCUAUUAUCAGAAGAGACGGCUGAGGUCCAGGCCUGGCAAGUCCAGGUGUGGCACCCACCAGGAGGAGGACUUCUGCUCCCACAGGUGCCCUCGAAGGCAGCACACUGAGCCCUCGGAGGACUUCUGGAUCUGCCUCUCCUUGGCCAUCUGCAUCUUGUGGCUUCUGUGCAUGUACCGGCUGAACCUCGGAGGCCUCUAGUAGGGAGCCUGACUGCUCCCUCUGGCGUCCAUGUGGCUGCCUAGCAGGCCUGGCUGGCUACCGUCCUCUGAGACCCACUGGUCUCCCCGAUCUGUUCUCUUUUUUGACUCCAGUGCUGGUUUAGGGGGUCUGUUGUGAGUGAUCUGACCUGUGCUUGUUUGUUCCGGAGUUUAUUUGUAUGUGUCAAACUCCAAUAAAACGAAAGGAACCCCCCCCCCAAAACAAAAAACGGUCACUCUGCUCCCCCAAGAGGACUGAGGGGUAAGCAGGUGGAUUCCCGUGCCUGGGGAGGGGCUCUCCUCCAUCUCUCCCUCCUCCCUUGCUUCCUUCUCCCGAGGCCCCGCGAGCUCCUGACCGUGUGCAUAUUCUGUAUUGGGACAGGAACCUGGGACGAGGUGUGGGGAGUGGGCACGCAGGAGGGUCAUGCCCCACCUUCAGAUGACGUCAGCGGGGGCACACCUCCUGAAGCCCGCUCCCUUCCCCGCACUGCGGCCCUGGUCCGUGCGCGGACUUGCAGCCGGCUCCCGCCCCCAGCUGUGCAGCCCCGGGCUGACGACCGACCGCAGCCUCCUCUCUGAGACCCCCACCCAACCAGCGCACCCUCUGCCCGGGUCCUUUCUCCAGGACGACCCCGCAGGGCCGGGUCAUGAGGCCCGCACACCCCCCUGCGCGACCUGUCCCCAAAGGGCUAUCAUCUGGGAAGGGGAGGGACUCCAGCCUGUGACCCCUCCGCGGGGCCCAGGAUCGGGCCCACCUUGCCUGCGGGGGGCUCCAGGACAGAUGACGGGAGGGCGCUGCCGGCGGCCACCGGGGCCACACGCUCCAGUCCCACCCCGCGGCCGCCGAGUUCCCCGACCCCGACCAGCCCGACCCGGCAUCCAGUUCUGGGCAGCGGCCAGGGCACCUGCUGGGCUUCCCAAGGACUGUCAGCAGGAGGCUGCGAGGAACCAUCUGGUGCUCCGGGAGUUUCCACUUCUGCCAUCAAGGCCAAUCAGAGAGGACGUGACCAUGAGGUGUUAAGGGCUUCCAUUCCUGCUGCAUCAAUCUACAGAAGUUAUUCGUCACCCCCCGGUUAUUCUGCUGCAGCCGGACUGCGGCAAUGAGGGACAGUCAGGGUGUGGCUGUUCUGGAAGAUUCCCACUGCCUAAUAACAAGGACUGCGGCAAGAGUCUGUCUUCACCAGGAGAAGUCCAGCCUGACUCUGGAGUUGGUGCCGGCAGCAGUGGUGCUCAGAGUGCUUCAGGUGGAGGGAUCCUGGCAGCUGGCUCUGCAGGGUCUGUGACUCCCACCGUGGGCUGACUUUGGGGCUAUCAGCUGCCUCAUUUCCUCUUGUGCCUGUCAAGGUGGCUGCGGGGACCUGGGAUCCUGACCUUGGACUUCCCCACGGUCCUCCCCCUUGGUCUCUCCAGGUUUCUCUCCUCUCACCUGGCUUGUCAAGUACCUGAGUCUGGAGCCGGAUUCCACACCUUCCUUUCUUGUCCAUCUGGGACAUCAUGGUCAUUCUACAAACACCCACUGGAGACAGCAUGGCCUGCCCAGAUCUCUCGUGGAACAGAGGGUACUUGGUCAUUGGUGCUGACAUUUUUCUCCAGCCACGAGGUGAACAGUUUUGGCCCAUCACCUCCUUCUGCCUUGAUGUGUGAUGCCAAAGCAAUGGGCCAGCUGAUCAUGAACUGACCCUCUGAAACUGAGGGGGAGGAUCUUGAUUCCAUUGGAGAAAGAGGGUGCAUCCUUCCAUGGAUGGCUCCAGAGGUUGGAAGAAACCAGGAGAGGAUCCAGGAGAAGCCAAACCUGGAGCAAGGAGUAUAGCAGCAAAGAGGGGAAGAAGAAGCCUCAUUGCCCAGAAGACCAGGACCCAUCUCUUACCCAACUCUGCCUCAAAUCCCAUAUUUCUCUCCCUGAACCCCGCUAAUGAUUCUCCAAUAAUUUAACCAGAGUAACCCCAGCCUUUUGAGCUGGAAAAAGGGUUCCCUAAGGCCCUUCUGGACUCUUCUGUUUUCAUUGACCAGGUGGGAAUAAAGUACAUGGCUUCAGCUUCUCA